AUGGAAAGGCCAAAUGCCGAGAUGGCUCUACCGGCAAGUAUUGGUGGAAGUGACUACUCUGAACUUCUGUAUACCCCUGAAUAUUUGUCCAGCUCUUCAGGAUGCCUCCGCGUGACUGAAGGGGUCGAACUUCCAGGCAGGAACCUUUGGAAGCCAGCUAAACAAUAUGUGCUUGGAGCGAGCAAGGAGGGUUGGAAGACGAGCAUUCCGGACGAUCACGACUAUGUCGAUAGGGUGUUUGCAAACGAGGCUAAGCGUCUUGAGGCUAUAAACUCAUAUCGUACGCAUGAUUCCCGAUUUCAAAGCAAUAUUCUUCCUCUCAUGUUUCAAUUUGGCAUUCGCUAUGCCCCCGACCCUUACCCAGCACCUGUCCCAGUAUCACGCAGUAUCAUGAUCACAGGGUUUCCUAAAUCCACACCUCUCAGCGAUAUCAUGGCGCGAAUCCGCGGAGGACAAGUAAUCUCAAUCACAACAGCCACGAGCCCUGAUCCCGUCGGACGAACUAUCAUAAUUGAAUUCAAGGAUAGCGUCGCAGCUUGGAAAUACGUUCACUACGUAGAAAGGGAGAUGCCAUUUAUAUUUUCUGCCAGUUCUAAGGUCACGCUAUUAAGGUCUCACAGCUAUCCUAUGAGGCUUGAUAUACAACGUGACGUAUCGAGUGGAAUCACUCGACUAGCGGUAUUUCUCAAUUUUGCAGAGAGUCGCUCCUUUGAAUUCCUUGACGACCUUAAAUCUAUGCUUGGAAGCCCAGAGGAUAUCCUAGAAGACUCGUGGAUCGAAAAGGGGGCCUUAUUUAUCCUCUUUAAGAGUGUGGCCACCGCUAAGAGUGUCUAUCAGCCACACGUCCCGAUUUCCGAAGAUGAAGAGUGUGAGGAUAAGGGGGGAGAGAAUGAAGUUUCGAGUCAAGCUGAGAAGAAGCAAGAGACGAUCCAGCGUAUCGUGAACCUACUUGACUCGCCCAUCCACGAAAUUAGUCACGAGAAAUUCCCUGUCCUAACCGAGUCUCCGACAAGAGCGCCCCAGGAGAAAUAUCCGCUUAUAGACAUCUCUAUAGACGAAGAUGGUGACGAGAAAAUGAUAUCAAAACAUACGCUACCGCAAAACGAUCCAGCCUACUACGAAUUGUUGCACCGCGACAGUUCUGAUCUAGUCCGCCUAUCCGAAGCCAACGCCAUCUUUCACGCUCAGCCUUUCCGAACUAUUCCCAAGGCAGAAAUGCGUGCGCGAUAUUCCGGUAUAUUUGGGUCCUAG